UCUGUGUAUAUCGUCCUGUACAUUGCAUUGUACUCCAUCUCUGCCCUAACUGAAGCCCUCAACCUGCUCAUCAUCAUCUCAGUCUCCCACUUCAGGCAGCUCCACACACCCACCAACAUCCUCCUCCUCUCUCUGGCUGUCUCAGAUUUUCUUGUGGGCCUCCUGCUGAUGCCAGCAGAUUGUGUCAGUUUAACUGAUAACAUUGGCACUCUCCUUGAUCUUGUUUUAAACUUUUUUGUUCCUAUUAUUACCAUCAUAGUUUUGUAUACUAGAGUAUUUGUUGUGGCUGUGUCUCAAGCUCGUGUCAUGCGCUCUUACGUUACAGCUGUCACAAAACAGAUUUCAGUGACUAAAACAGCAAAGAAAUCUGAGCUGAAAGCAGCCAGGACUCUUGGUGUUUUGGUAGUUGUGUUUCUAAUAUGUUUAACUCCAAGUUACUUUACAGUUUUAGUAGGGCUAAAUUUCACUAGUCAUUCAACUUCUAACUUUAUUCUGUAUCUGUACUUUUUUAACUCCUUUUUAAACCCUGUGAUUUAUGCCUUGUUUUAUCCCUGGUUCAGAAGAACAGUUAAACUCAUUGUUACUCUUCAGAUCCUGCAGCCUGGCUCCUGUGAGGCCAACAUACUGUAGAGA